GGAUUCCGCCGGCCGAAGGGCGAAUCUGUCGUGACGCGGCGGGCCGGCCGGUUAUAAGAGGCGGGUUUCGCCCCUCCUCUGACACUGACCGCUGGGACAGCGACGAGUACCCACCCGAGACAUGCAGACCACCGCCGCCUCUCUGACCGCCCCACUGCUGCUGCUGCUGGCGGCGGCCGCCGCCUCCGGCCAACACCCCAGUACAAAGCUUUUCAAAUGCAAGCUGUUAGACAAGGAAUGCUUGAAGAACUAUUUGCAGAAUGACGUCAUCCGUCGAUUCAGCAAAGGCUUCCCGGAGUCGGAGGUGAAGUCACUGGACCCGCUGGCCUUCGCCAAGAUCGACUUCAGCUACAAGGUCGCGCCCGGCCUGCGCGUGCGCCUGGUGCACACGGAUGCUGCGGUCCACGGCCUCUCCGACACCCGGGUGCUGGAGGUCAGGCCACAACUGAACGGUUCCCGUUUCUACGCCGAUGUGGUCAUCUCCGUACCGAAGCUGUUCUACGAGGGCUCAUACGCCUCCAAGGCAGAGGUUUUACUCGUUCCCGUCAGUUGGAACGGGGUGUUCAACAUGACCCUUGAGGACAUCACCGACACCUGGAAACUGACUGCGGACCUCGUGAAGAAAGGGGACGAAACAUUUUUGAACCUCAAAAACUUCUUGAUCGACCCGAAGAUCUCCGCUUUCCACACGUACGCUACGGGCCUUUUUUGGGGUAAUGAAGAAGCAGGGAGAUUCGCCCUGAAGGCGGUGAACGAGUACUGGCGCAGCUUCUACGACCUGAUGUGGAAGUUUGGGGAGCAGGACAUUACGAGCAAGGUGAUGGCUGCGACCGAGGGCAUCUUUUCAAUGACGCCGAUCGCGCGGACCGCUUCCGGAGCCUUCUCUCGGCCCGCCUUCCAGAUCAUUCCGCCAGGCAGCUACCAGAAACCCGCUCUGCACUGGGCCUAUGACCACCACUUCUGGGCCUAGACCCCUGGAAGGACCGCUGCUACCUUGACACUGGCUACAGUCUCUUUGUGUGCAUACCACAUAUGCAUUUACUUUUACAAUCACACACGACACACAGGAUAUUUAAAAAAAAUAAUAAUUCUGUUUUCAUAGUUCUGAGAAUGUUAUGCUUACCCGAAUGUGUUGUAAUGUUUAGAAUUAUCAUGUUAUUUGCCAAGCUAUCAUUUUAUUUGGGUCCAGUGGUAAGUUAAGAGUUUAUAUAGGUAUUACAAUUUGUAAAGAAAAAACUUUCACUUACUGGAACAAGUAUUCAAACUAGUCGAAUCUUUUGCAAACGCUGUAUUUAACUUUGCGUAUUGAGGGCUAGAGAACAGUUAUUUGAUAUAAAUAACUUACAUACCAGUCAAUGUCAACGUAGCAAAAUUAUUCUCGUGACUAAAUAAUGUAACUGGUGAAAAUUUCCAAAAGUUUUGUAAUUGCCGGCUUACCGCAGCAAUAUGUUAAUUUUAAUUUAGUAACGUUACGCCUUAUUUUUGCCUUUAAGACAUAGAAAAUAGUCCAAAUGCACGAUAUCAUCUACUGCCCAUGUUUCAAGCAACAAAAAUUACGGUCGUUCUGUUUGAAAGAAAAAUGAUAGACAAAAUAUUUCAGUCUUAUAACUAUUGACUUUAAAUAUGUGCUAUACUUACAAGUAUGGCAUCAUAUGAUGAAGUCUUUUAAAUUAUAAGCUAGAAUCGACAGCGUGUGACAUAUAAGGAAUAAUAACUGGGUAUUUAGCGUAUUAACAACUGGAGAGAAGUCAUUUUAGUGAGAUCAGAAUUUUUUUAAAUAACUUUAUCUGCCUCUGUGUAAAGUAUUUUUGUAUUUUUUAUUUUAAAUAUUAUUCUAUUCAUCGGAUAUUAUGUUAAAUUUAUUAUGCUUAAUAAACCUCCUUGGUAAAAUA